AUGCGGUCAAUAAUCAUCACGAGCGUCCUUGCUGCCCUGGUGGCAGCAGAAGUGCCGGCCGUCCACAGAAGCUGGCAAAAGUCACAUCGUCUGCACCAUAGUGCGGUGCUCCCCGUCAGGAUCGGGUUGACGCAGCAGAACUUACAUCGGGCGGAGGACUUCAUCUAUGAUGUGGCCCAUCCCGACUCGCCCAACUACGGAAAGCACUGGUCACCCGCGGAGGUGAUCGAGAUGUUCAAGCCAAAACGGGAAUCCAUCGACGCGGUCAUAUUAUGGCUCGAGCGUGAAGGGAUCCAUCCGAGCCGGAUAAAGCUGUCAGUCUCAAAAACGUGGCUGACUUUCGAUGCUACGGUCAGGGAGAUGGAGCAGAUUCUCAGGACAGAAUAUCACGCCUUUGAGCACGAAACAUCUGGAAAGAGUCGUCAGGUUGCAUGUGAAAAAUACUACAUACCGGACCACCUUGUUGAGCAUAUCGACAUGAUCACGCCGACUGUCCAUUUUGACCAGAGCCUCGGCCAUGACAGGAGCACCAAGUACAGGGAGAUCCCAGACAAGACUAUGGAGGAGCUCAAAAGGAGAUCGGCACGUCUGGACAAGCGACAGAUCUCGGGCACCACAGCCAUUGUCGGAAGCCCGCUCGACGGCAGCAACCCAAAAAAGGGCCACCAGAUCAACAAUGCCUUGAUGGACCUGUCACAAUGUGAUAGUAUGAUUACUCCAGGAUGUCUUCGGGCCCUGUACAAGAUACCAGAAGGCAGCUUGGCAGCCAGCAACAACUCGCUCGGAAUUGUCGAAUACACACCACAGGCGUUUCUUCAGUCCGAUCUCGACAUGUUCUUCGACGCAAUGCAGCCAGACGUGCCGCAAAAGUCACCAAAUGUGGAUCUUCUGGCCGGUGGCGUUGUGCAGACCCAGAAUCAGAGCUUCUCCUUCAACGGGGAGUCGGCCCUCGACCUGGAGUUCGCCAUGUCUCUCAUCUCCCCGCAGAAGGCGACCGUUUUUCAGGUCGGCGAUUUGACACAAGGCGCGAGCUUCAACAACUUCCUCGAUGGCAUCGACGCAAGCUACUGCUCGUUUGACGGAGGCGACUCCAACGAUCCGAAUAUGGACGGCCAGUACGCGGCGUCUGUGGAAUGCGGCAAGGCGAAUGCCACCAACGUCAUCUCCACGAGCUACGGCUCGAACGAGGCCGAUCUGGGCGCCAAGUACGAGCAGAGGCAGUGCGACGAGUACAUGAAACUCGCGCUGCAGGGCGUCUCUGUUAUAUACUCCUCGGGCGACUUUGGUGUCGCGGGGAAUGGCGGCGAGUGCUUGUCCGCCGAUGGGCAGAGUUUCACGGACGGGACCUCGGGCAAAUUCAACCCAAGCUUUCCAGGGGGGUGUCCGUGGGUCACGUCUGUCGGCGCCACGCAGAUUCUGAAUGGGAGCACCGUCGAGGACGCAGAGAGUGCGUGCGAGGAGGUCAUCUUCUCAGGUGGGGGCUUCUCCAAUGUCUUCUCGAUGCCGUCGUACCAAAAGACCGCGGUGAAUACCUUCCUGCAGCAGCACACGCCACCAUACGGCGAAGACCGCUUCAACAAUUCCGGGCUGGUCAGGGCCUUCCCCGAUGUGUCGGCGAACGGGGCGAACUACGUGACGGCAGUGGAUGGAGACUUCACACUGUCAUUCGGAACUUCUGCUUCCGCGCCCGUCUUUGCGUCCAUGGUCAACAUGAUUAAUGAGAAACGCAUCCAGGCUGGCAAGAGCCCUGUUGGCUUCCUCAACCCAGCGCUGUACGCGAACCCGCAGGUCAUGAAUGACAUUCAGACCGGGAACAACCCCGGCUGCGGCACGGACGGCUUCUCGGCUGUCGAGGGGUGGGAUCCGCUGACGGGACUUGGAACACCGAAUUUCCGACAGAUGGAGAAGCUUUUCAUGACCUUGCCGUGA